AUGAAGAUCCCCAACAUCCUGACCUUCAACGAGCCCGACCUGUCUGCACACGGUGGUAGCAACGUCAAUCCGGCUUACGGCGCGCAAGUCUGGUUUCUCGAAAACUGUUCGAGAAUCAUCGGUCAACACUGCGCCUAUGACUUUGUCACCCUGCAUUUGUAUGACCCUUUCGAGGGACUGGCAAGCCAAAUGGGGGAGUACGUCGCAACGAGAAAAGGCAUUGAGAUGUAUGACAAGUCGCGAAGAAUCGAAAAUGGUCCCGAGAUCCUGGACGCCCAGUCACGCUACGGCGACAGCUUCAAAUGUUCCGUCCUGGCGGCCCGGGGUCUGUGA